AUGGAGCAAGCCUCUGCACUGCCAGCCGAGGAUGAGGUGCAGCCGAUCGGCACCGACCCAGGACAAGCCGCCUCAGCCGCGCCACCCACGCCAGACGACGACUACGAGGCUCUGCUCGUGGCACGCUUUGCGGCUGAGAACGACUCCUCCUCCGAGUCCGAUCAGCCCACGGAGGCGAAGCCUUCUGAGCCUAUAGCCUUCAGCCUUUUCCGGAAUGGACCGUGGGGAUGUAUACACGCUUGCAUUGAAGCCUCUGAUAAGGCGGCAUGUGGCGCCGCUCGCUCGGCCGCAGCCUUUAGCCCCACGGAUCCGGACCCCACAUUCUUCUGCCGCCGGAAGGUAGCCAUCCGCUAUGUCCAACUCACCAGCCUCCGAUCUGGCCAGGUUCCUCAAGGACUCGAGACGGUAGAGGAUCUGGCAUAUGCUUAUCCCGACUUGGCCAGCCUCGACAGCCUCCUUUCCAGCCUCUCGGACGACGACAUGCAUGAAAUGGGCGCAGCCGAUGCCUUGCACGGAGUCCAGGAGAUUAUGGAAGCCAAAUCCUCCAAGCCUAUGAG